AUGUAAUUUUUAUAAAAAUCACAUAUUCCUAAAGCUAUCCAAAUAAUUUAAGUUAUCGAAUUCUUCACAGAAUAUUUUGCAAAACUGCCUUAAAAAAGAAUAUACUAAAACUUUUUAAUCCUUGAAAUUUUAAAAUUGUUUCUCAAAUUGAGAAAAUGGCAUCUAAUUGAUAAAUAUGGAUUGAUGAUAUCAGAGAAUAAUAAAUUUAGAGAAGCAGACCAUCGCGAAGAUUCAGCUGUCAAUUUAUUCUAAGAGAAAUGGGGAGGAUUACAAAAAGAUCCUCCUAUUGUGGACAUCAAAUUGGCCAAAGAACAACUAAAAAAAGUCAAUGAGCCCAUGUUAGAAUUCAAUUAGGGUUAAUAUGAUACUAUUGGAGAUAAGUAAGUAUCUAUAAUAAAAACACUCCCUAUUCCUAAUAGUCUAAAAAAGAGAGAUUAUGAUUCCUAAUUGAAUAUCCUAAGAGUCCAAAUAGGCGAAAUACUAUAUCUGCUACGUCCUUUAGUUUAUUGUUCUUGCAUUCUAAAGUUUGGAACAAGAAGUUACUCGCCUUACUUAAUUUCAUUAUCUAUUGAUAUCUUGAGAUUCCUCAUUCAAUUCAAAAUACAGAUCUUUAGAAAAAGUUAGAAAGAGGAGCUGCGUCUAAGAGCCAAAGAUGCCAUUAUCUGCUAUGUUCUCAGGGAUCCAUUUUAUAGUCAGAUUUUAAAAUAGAAGUGCUUAAACAAGGUAUUAGGAUUAUUAGUAAAAGAAGAAAACAUACUUCAUCGACUUGUAAUCGGACUUUUGGACCUAAGAUCAUCAAAAUGUUUAUUAUUAUGA